CCAAAAUGAUCGUUGUUUUUUUUUUUUUAAAUAAACAUCAUGUAUGCUCCAGUAUCUUCAUUGAAGGCUGCUUUAAUUUCGAAACUAAUCAGCUAGAUGUUUUUUGUUUUUUUGUUUGUUUGGUUUUUUUUAGCUAGUUAUAGGUUUUAUAGGAACGGAGGAUUCAGGAACGAACCUGGCAACACAGGCGCGGGAAAAUCCUAAACAACAAAUGCCGCUUCCGCUUUCUCCAAAAACAGAUCGUCUUUCAAACAGUAAAGACAUUUCAUGAAGAUAUAAUAGCUUAGCGGAAUACUUUAGGAUUUAAAAUUGAUGGAAAGUGUCCGAUCUUUCUCAGCGACAUCGCGCCGGUUGCUAGCUUUAGCGUGACGUAAGUUCUGAAAACGAUGAUGCUCAUGAAAUGACUUUUAAAUAACUUUUACUGGUCUUGAAUCAAGUCAGAAUGGAUCGCUACAAUGAGGUGAAACUGCUGCUGAAAAACUGGGAGCAGGGUUUUCUCCAGCAGCACCAGAGGAAACCCAGUAAGGAGGACAUUGACCAGGCUCCAGAGGAAACAAGGAGGCUAUAUAAGGAGUACAGGAGUUUAAAACAAGCUAAAGUAAACGAUGCAUCCAGCGGCCAUAGAGAGGUCACAGCAGAGAUCAACCCAACAAAUAAGCAGGAAUCAGAUUGUUGGGGAGCCCAUCUGAAUCGCAAAGCAAUGCCGCUCUCUGCUCCAAGGUUGACGUCUCAGGAGAAACACAGUCUCAUGGCUUCAUCGCAGUAUUAUGGCCUAAAGCUUAAGAACAACCUUUCUGCACUCAGUAAGGAGAAACCAGAUUCUCUGAAGAAAUCCCUUCGUACUGGUCGAGUUCCUCUCAAUUGCUUAAAAGAUGAUCAACCAAUACAGAAGAACAGACUCAGUUUAUCAAUUGGUUCUGCUAAAAAUUCAUCUAAGGAUGAACACCAGGAGAUUCUCUCCCCAAGAUCGAUGAAGCCUCCGUUUGGGUCAGUGACCUCUCCGUCUCCCCACGCAGCUGAGCCUGAAGAACAGUUUGAGCCAGAACCAGUAGAAGCUGCUAUCAGUAAUUCUGUCCAAGAUGAUCAUAGAAUCGGUGCUGAUUCCCAGUUUCAGAUCGCUAAAGCUUCGUUUGCAAACAGAUCCUCCUCUCUUUUAUCACCUUCAUCCCCUCAAUUUGCUCCUACAAGCACAGGAAAGGAAAACGAAGAUGCAGGAAGUAAAGAAGAAAAUUCCCACUCAGGAAGUGCAGCUGGGAGUGUCGAUCUCGGCGCUUCGGCUGGUUUUAAACGAAGCCCGCCUUUUCUCGUCGGGUCAGGAGGGAGUUUAGCUAAACGACCCUCUGUUGCCAACAGACUGAGCGCCGUUGACAGGAACUGGUUGGAGAGAUGUCAGGUGUUUGGGGAGAUGGAAGCUGAGGAGAUUCCCGGAGGAGGAAAUCAGGAAAUUAAAGUGAAAAAACGACAGGAGAAGGAAGUCAAGGGAGGAAAAGCUGAAGGAGAUUUAGAGGGUGAAAGAAAACAGCCAGUAAAUUUGGGACAAGAAGAAAAGUUAGCAGAUCCAGAUCCAAAUUGUGCUCAAGAAGAUUCUGGAAAAAGCAAAAGGGAGAAAGCUGGGAAAACAGAAAGAGGAAAGUCGUCACAUUUACCAGAUAACAGCGAAGAUGGUCUGAAAUCAAAAGGUACGAAGAAAAAGAGGCAGAGAGACGGAGACGACGUGGACGAAACGGCAAAAAAGAGGUGGAAAAAUCCUAAAGAGAAAGAGGAGAGAUCGAGUUUAAGCCCUGAUUCAGCUGAUGGAGGAGAAAAGAAGAAGCAGAAAAGCAAAAGAAAAGACGGGGAUGAGGAGGAAACGACCAAAGGAGCAAAAACGGCGGCCCAGGAGAACCUUUUAGGAGAAAUUCAGGAGGAGUUCAGAACAAAUCGGGUUUAUCAGAGGCAGCCAGUCAGAACCAGAGGAACAAAAGGCGUAGAGGGAAACUUUGUGAAGAUAAACCUGAAGAAGAAAUCUCAUGUGAAAGGAUACGCGUUGAGGGGAGUUGGUUUGCGCAAACAGCUGUACAUGCAGAAGUUUCAGCUGAAAGGAGAGCGGUUCGGCGGAGGCAGAGGAUUCUUCGGCAGAGGACGGAGGGGCGGGUUCAGAGGGGCGCCGAGUCGGCAGGGCGACACCUGCUACAGGUGUGGAGGAAGCGGACACUGGGCUGUGGACUGCACAGGACCAGCCCCUCCACCACCUGUUUCUGAGGAUCGGCCUGCAGAAGAGGAACCGUUUGAACUGCCCACCCUGGAAGACGUUGCCAGGGCAACGGGAACGCUGCAGCCUCAGCCUCUGGCAGCGUCUUCUUGUGUCAACGCAGAAAAAUGGCAACAGGAAACUGGAGCGGACAGCCGGCGGACCGAUGAGAUGCUGCUCAACGUCAUUCGUCCCGACUACGAGCGGCCCGCUCCGCCACCGCCGAUGGAUCCGCUUUAUCGUCUCACAGAAGACGGGAACGUCCAGGACACUCCUGCUGAAGUGUUUGCAGCUCUGAGAGAACUGGGCUACCAGUCAUUCAGACCUGGACAGGAAAAGGCCAUCAUGAGGAUCCUGGCAGGGCUCUCCACCCUGGUGGUGCUGUCCACUGGAAUGGGUAAAUCUCUCUGCUAUCAGCUGCCAGCUUUUCUGUACGCACAGAGGUCAAAGUGCAUCACUCUGGUUAUUUCCCCUCUAGUUUCUCUAAUGGAUGAUCAGCUUUCGGGGUUGCCCACCAAGCUAAAGGCAGCCUGCAUCCACUCCAACAUGACGAUGAAACAGAGAGAAGCUGCUAUAGAAAAGGUGAAGUCUGGCCAGGUGUGUGUGCUGCUUCUCUCUCCAGAGGCUUUGGUCGUGCUGGAGCUAUGCUUCAGGCUCAGGGAGACAGAGGUGCUCCGGGAACGCCUUGGAGUCAAGUGUUUGCUGGGACUCACGGCUACGGCCACUUUGUCCACGGCGCUGGACAUCGCUCAGCAUUUGGACAUCAGCGAUAAAGACGGAAUAGCUGUGCGGUCCGCAGCCGUGCCCCCCAACCUCAACCUGUCCGUGUCCACAGACAGAGAGAAAGACCAGGCUUUGGUUUCUCUGUUGAAAGGCGAUCGUUUUGGCUGUUUGGACUCCAUCAUAGUCUACUGCACCAGACGAGAGGAGACUGUCCGAGUGGCUGCACUGCUGCGGACCUGCCUGCAGGGGGUGGUGUUGAGAGAAAAUACCCAAAUAAGCAGCAGCAAUCAGGCAGAGGACAACCCAGUGGGGCAGAAGAAGAAGGAACUAGCUCGUAAGAAGAUCCGUAAACCCUUGAAAUGGCAGGCUGAGGCCUACCAUGCCGGCCUGUCGGGUUCGGAGCGCCGCCGGGUCCAGAACAACUUCAUGUGUGGGGAACUCCGGAUCGUAGUGGCCACUGUGGCGUUUGGCAUGGGGCUGGACAAAUCCGACGUUCGUGGAAUCAUCCACUACAACAUGCCAAAGAGUUUUGAGAGCUACGUUCAGGAAAUUGGGAGGGCUGGGAGAGAUGGACUUCCAGCACACUGCCACCUCUUCCUGGACCCGGAGGGUGGCGACCUCCAUGAGCUGCGCCGCCACAUCUACGCAGACACUGUGGACUACUACAUAAUCAAGAAACUGGUGCAGAGAGUUUUUCCUGCAUGUAAAUGUCGGAAGAUACACCAGAAGCAGCAGGAGCUCUGGAAGGAUGUUGGAGACGCUGAUCUGCUGGAGAUGAUGGAUGUCUGUGAUGAAAAUAAACUCGGAGAAAAGCAAGAGUCCACUGGCUCAGAGGUGCCUGACCUCGAUUCAGCUGAGCACAGCGAGGAAGGAAGCGUGAAAAAGAAGCUGGGCGAGUCAAAAGAAGGUAAAGACGAGGGAGCGGAUUGGCUGAGUGACCAGAAAACGGAGAGCUGUGAUUGGCCGGAGGAGCGUCUGUGUCACACCCAUGAAAGAGCGAUUCCCAUCCAGGAAACUGUGGAGGCUCUGGACAUCACAGAGGAAGGUGUUGAAACGCUGCUUUGCUACCUGGAGCUGCAUCCACAGCGGUUUGUUGAGCUUCUCCAUCCGACUCUGUCUGUGUGUAAAGUCCGGUGCUACGAUGGACCCAGACAGCUCCAGAAAAUCACAAAAAUUUGCCCGCCGGUUGCCGUGGCGUUGGCCAGGAAGAGAAUGAGGGGCGAACGCGUGGAGCGGUUCGAUCAGGUGGAGUUUGAUGUCGUUGAGGUGGCGGACACGAUGGGAUGGCAGCUUCCCCUGGUGAAGAGGGGACUGAGACAGCUGCAGUGGAGCACAGACAGAGGUGGUGGACGAAGCGGCAUCUUAGUUGAAUUUUCUUCCCCGUCUUUUUAUUUCCGAUCUUAUGGCGACCUGAGCGACGAGGAGAUGGACAAAGUCUGUCAAUUCCUUUAUCAUCGAGUCCAGGACCAAGAAAAAACGCAACUUUACCAACUCACAACCUGCUUCAAAGCCUUCAAGAGUGUUGCUUUCCAAACUGUGACGUCCUGUCUGGACGACUUGGAUGAGAGUCGCAGCUUGCAGCUGAAAAAUCUUCUUUCAGAAUAUUUUGACAAGCGGCGGGACAGAGAUCACUCGCUGCAACCGGACGACCUGGAAGAGCUCGACAAAUACAAGCUGUUGGACUGGGAGAGUCAGAUCAGAGUCGACAUCAGAAGUUUUCUUGCCAACAGAAGUGAUGAGAAGUUUUCAGGGAGAGCUGUUGCAAGAAUUUUGCACGGGAUAGGCAGUCCUUGUUAUCCGGCUCAGAUAUAUGGCAAAGAUCGACGAUUUUGGAGGAAAUACAUCCACUUUGACUUCAACCAACUCAUCCGACUGGCUACUCAGGAGAUUCUUCACUUCAAGUGACCGUCGUCGUCGGUCCAAGGAGUUGUUGGAUCUCUUUGUUAAUAAUGUAUAUUUCAGUAAUUAUUUGCAAGUAUACUUCUAUUUAUUUGUGUUAACUGUUAUGCAAUAAAAAUGUUUUUCUAGUUAA